AACAAAAUGUUCGGAGAAUCAGAAGACUCCAGUGAUGAGGAAGUACCACCAGAGCCGAAACGUAGUUCUUCAUCGGAAGGUGGCUAUGAGGAAGAUGACGAUGACAACAUAUCUGAGGUGGAAGAAGUUAAAAAGGUACCAGCACCAGCACCGACUGAAGAGGAAAAGCAAGCAGAAACCUUGGUACAAGCUGUUCAGACUGAAGAAGCAAAAAUGUCGACGGGUGCGGUCGGGCCUCAACCGCGUCGAAAGAGAUUCAUUCCUAAAUAUAAUGUUGAAGGCGUGCACGUAUUAACUAUUGGUGAAGACACACAAACUCAAAUAGAAAUGGUAGUUGGAGUCCAAGUUUAUGCACAAUAUCCUUGGAAAACUGUACAAAAAUCUAAACUAAUAGAAUCGAUUGAAAUAGGGGGAGAACUGUCAGAGUUUUUUCCGUUACGUAAAGAAAUUGAGGAAUAUCCCGAAGCCGAAAUAUUAAUGGGGUAUAUAGUAGAUGAAUCAAGUAACACUGAUGACUUCUACAUAUGCUGUACAAUAGAAGCCAGAGAUCAUUGCAAGCAACAAUCAGACAGAUUUAUCCGACGGCAAGAAAAGAAAUUAGAGAAAGCAAUACAAAAAAAACCAAGACCUUGGGUGAGUUUGGGCAGUGAAAUUGAAAUAACAGAACUAGAACCAAUUAAUUCGAGAACUUUAAUGGAAAUCGAGAUAAAAGCUAAGUUUCCCACUGAAUAUGAACCUAUAAAGUUCACCGUGAGGGACACUGAGGCCGUUAGAGAUGGUAUCAUUGAGUUAACAGCCUACAGACAAAGGUUUAAUAAUGUUACCCGUCGAAGAAUAGAUUGCGCAUGUCAAAUUAGACCAGUAUCCGUUAGCCAAGUUGCUCAGACCUACCUAAAAUUUCCGCAAAAUAAAUGGACUCAAUCCAUCGCAGAUGCUAUGGGUCGAAUUGGAGAUGAAGGUGGCGAUGGUGAUCGGGAAAGAGACGAUGAUGACAGUUCAGAUGAAGAAUAUACCAGUAAAAAACACCCUAUUGAUGAAGUAGGAUUGCGUUCCUAUAGGGCUGCAGCUGCCCGUAUGCGUCGACCUUCUUAUCAAAAAUUGAUUAAUAAGUUUAUGACAUCACGAGUAGCUGAAAUGGAGUCGAUAAUAGAGCUAAACGCUGUAAUGGAUAUGUAUUACAACGACUAUCCAAAUCUUGUAACUCAGAAACAUAUUGAUACGCUUGGUACCAUGGCUUUUGAAGAGUAUGUUUGUUUCACUGAUGUCAGAGCUAAAUUUAAGUAUGUAUCUUGUGCUGAAUUUCAUCCAAUGUGGUCUGGUAUUGUUGCAAUUUCGUACUCGGAUGUUUCCCCAACAGUCAUGCGAACGCAUACAUUUACACGUAAUGAUCCAAUUCAAAGAGCAGUCUAUGGUUUAAAUCCUGUAUUAAUAUGGAGUCAUAUAGAUAGUUUACGAUCAAAACUAUAUUUAGAGUCACCGCGUGAGGUUACAACUUUAUCAUUUUGUCCUUUCAAUGAAAAUGUUCUAAUUGGUGGUUUGAUAAAUGGACAAGUUGUUAUAUGGGAUCUAACAAAAAAGCUGGAAAACGUUGAAAAAAUUGAAGUAUUAAGCGAAACUAGGGAAAAGUAUCGAAUAGCUAUGAAUUCACAAAUGGGGUGGAUGAAGUCUAUUCAAGAUCGAGCUGUAGUGAAUGCUACAGCUUGUAGCAGUCUAUUAAAUUGUCAUGAAGCAGCUGUUUCUGCAAUCAAAUGGGUACCACCAACUUUUGUAAUAACGCCUACCGGUAAAACUGUUCGCUUACCAGAAAAUAAAUAUUCGCUUCAGUUUAUAACUACAUCGGUAGACGGGAAAAUUUUAGUAUGGAAUAUUUCAGUUGGCGACAUGGCAUUUGUGGAGGGCAAAAAAGUUAAGAAAUCCAAAAGAAUAGCACGUCGGCCUUCGGGUUUACUUGUAGACGUUUCACCUUUUCAGGUAUUGGAUCGUAUUUUACAGCCAUGCUACAAAAUUGUGUUAGGUAUAGCAGGUCAACCCUGGGCUUACUCAAUACAGAGUUUCGGAAUAUCUGCUCCUAACGUGAAAUAUAUUUACACUCCGAAAAAUAAUGGUACUGGAAGAAAGUACUUCACUUGUGAAGUCGACAAAGAAACCAGAGAGACAAUGAAUUCAAUAUUUUAUUUUGGCACAAAACACGGCGAGUUAACACGUGCAACUUGGGAAGGACAUGAGUUCAACACUGGUGAAGUAGUUAAUUCUGAGUUUGCUGACAUAAAAUAUCGCUGUAAUUUGCAUGACGGUGCUAUAGUUGUUACUAGUAAGAAUCCUAUAAUGGAUUCUGUAACUCUAACUGUGGGGGGAAAAAUAUUUGCAAUCUGGUCUGAUUAUCUACAAGGCCGACCAAUAAUUUGGAAAAAACGUCCAUAUCGUUUGACAGAUGGAGUGUGGUCGCAGUAUAAACCGAGUAUAAUUUUUAUUUGUAAUUCAGAAGGAGAUCUUGAAACCUGGGAUUUAUUAAUAAAAAGUGAUAAACCCAUUUCUGUACAAACACUCGCUGGGUCGAUGCUUACCAAGGUUAGUUUACACACCUUGCCUUUGGUUAAGAACAUCAUCGGUGUGAGUGACGUAAAUGGGUCUUUCAGAAUGUUUCUUAAUCCUCCGGUAUUUAUGCUAUCGAAAGCUAAUUAUACACCGCGUAUGGAGGCUAUGGUAGAGAGAGAACUAAAAGUUAUGAAAUCUUUUAUAGAAUGGCAAAAAAAUUUUAUGCAAAAAAAUCCACAUAUUUUAUUAGAAAUAAAAAGAAAGGAAGGUGCACUGCUGGCUGAAAAGGAAGAAGAAAAACGACGAAAAAGAGAAGAGUUAGAGAAAUUGCAGGAUGAGGAAGACGAAGCUAGGAGAUUGGAGAGAAUGAAAGUUUUAGGCCCAGAAGAGAGGUGGCAGAAAAUCAUACAAAAGUUAAUAGAAAGAACAAUUGCUGUUAAAAAAAGGAUCAACAGAGCACUAUUAAUAGAACACGAAAAACCGCUAAGAGAGUUAGAAGCACAGCGCUUAGAGAAAGAAAGAAGGAUGUUAGAAAUAAUGAAAAACCAAAAAACAAUUUUCAAUGACACGGUUGCCAUUCUUUUUCCCGAAGCAAUACAGAAACCAUUCAAACCAAAGAAAAGUUUGCUUUCCGACAAUAAAGAGGCACUAAAAAGGGAAUAUUUAGCUGAAUAUUAUUACAUUAGAGGGACUGCAAAAACGAUGGUAAGGAAAAACCCAUAUAAAGCAGAUUUUCGAUACGAAGCUACAGUUGCCGAGGGUAAAGAAAGAAGAGGUGCGUUGAAUGCUCAACAGAGUUAUGUAAAGAGGCAUUACUUUAGAAUUGAACACGAACAUCAACGACAUACAACGACGGUCCCUGUUAAAAAAAUUGCCAAAAUGAAAGAGAAAACAGAAGAAGAAGAAGAAGAAGCAGCAGCAGAAGAAAGAGAGGUAGAAGGACAAUUAGGUGGAGAACCAACUAAUUGAUUAGAAAAUCUUCAGUGCCUAGGAUCAUUCUUUUUCAUUCUAAUUAUUCAUUAUAACCUACAAUAUUUUUAUUAUUAUUUAAUUUAGUUGUAUAUUUU